CCUGAAGACCGUGUUUCAGCAUCUAAUAGGAGAGCAGCUACCCUGUUCCUGUCUUCAUCAUGACCAACAGGUUCAUCCUCCAAAUCGCUCUCCUGCUGUGUGUCUCCACCACAGCUCUUUCCAUGAGCUACAGCUUGCUUCGAUUCCAACAAAAGCGCAGCAAUUUGGCCUGUCAGAACCUCCUGCUGCAGCUACCUGGAGCUCCUCAAGAUUGCCUCGAGGACAGGAUGAACUUCGAGGUCCCUGAGGAGAUUAAGGAACCACAGAAGUUCCGGAAGGAAGAGGCCAUAUUGGUCAUCUAUGAGAUGCUCCAGCAGAUCUUAGGGAUUUUCAGAAGAAAUGUCUCGCGCACUGGCUGGACUGAGCCCAUCAUUGAGAACCUCCUUGCGGAACUCUGUGGGCAGAGAGAUCGUCUGGAGCCAAUCCUGGAGGAAAUCAUGGAGAAGGAAAACUUCCCCGGGGGAGACAUGACCGUUCUUCACCUGAAGAAGUACUACUUGCAGAUCGUGCAGUACCUGAAGUCCAAGGAGUACAGCAGCUGUGCCUGGACUCUAGUGCGAGUGGAGAUCCUCAAGAACUUUUCCUUCCUUAACAGCCUUACAGGCCACCUCCAGAACUGA